AUGAAGUCCCUGAGGCCAAUUACUCGACAUAUCCUGCGGAGGAGCUCCCCGCGAUGUCUGCGGGCAUUUGCGACGGCCACGGAUGCCGCCGGCCAGCAGCAGCAGCAGUUCGACAACCGUGUUAAGAUCGUCGAGGUGGGCCCGCGUGAUGGGCUCCAGAACGAGAAGAAGACGAUACCACUGGCGACCAAGAUCGAGUUGAUCGAGAAGCUGGCAAAGACAGGACUGACUACGAUCGAGGCUGGGUCAUUUGUGUCCCCGAAAUGGGUUCCUCAGAUGAACAGCUCAAAUGAGAUCCUCGAGCAUCUCCUGAAAAAAAAGCUUGACAGCCCCGUGCCAAUUUCCUACUCAUUCCUCGCUCCCAACAUCAAGGGCCUCGCCAACGCCACAGCCAUCCUCCAGGCCAACCCCGAAGCCUUCGUCACCGAGUCGACCCGCACGAUUCUCAACAAGGAGAAGCCCGAGAUAGAGCUCGCGGUCUUCGCCGCCGCCACCGAGACAUUCAGCCAGAAGAACCUGAACUGCGACAUCGCGACGUCGCUGGACCGCUUCCGCGAGGUGAUCGCCGAGGCCAAGAAGUCCGCGGCCGACAUCCGCGUGCGGGCGUACAUCUCGGUGGUGCUGGGGUGCCCGUUCGAGGGCCACGACGUGGACCCGCACCGGGUGGCGGAGAUCGCGACGGACCUGCUGGAGAUGGGCGCCGACGAGAUCGCGCUGGGCGACACGACGGGCAUGGGCACCGCGCCGCGCACCGCCCAGCUGCUGCGCAGCAUGGCGGCCGCGGGCAUCCGCAACGAGGACGUCGCGCUGCACUUCCACGACACGUACGGCCAGGCCCUCGUCAACACGGCCGUCGCGCUCGAGCACGGCAUCCGCACGUUUGACUCCUCCGUCGGCGGGCUCGGAGGCUGCCCCUACAGCCCUGGUGCGACGGGCAAUGUGGCGACGGAGAACGUGGUUUACUUUAUGGAGACGUUGGGGAUGGACACGGGGGUUGAUCUGGAUGCUGUGGCGGAUAUUGGGCAGUGGAUCACCGCGGAGCUGGGUAAGGCGAAUGACAGCAGUGUUGGAAAGGCAGUGUUGGGAGCGAGGGGCCGAUCUGACAAAUAA